UUAUCAAUUGAACGCGGCACGUGGCGGAAAGUAGUAUCGGGUAUUGCUUUCACAAGUUUAUAAUAUUAUUUAGUUUGUGUUUGUAUUACGUUGGCGCGUUUUUUAACAAAUUUAAAUUAAUAAUGUGGCAGGCGCCUUCUCUGAAUGCCGAGUCCUCGUCUUAUUCAAGUGAGGCGGAAGAAGGAAACGUCUCCUCAACUAUUUCUGAUGACACUGCAGAAAAUAGGAUUUUGUCAAGUCCUGCAGCGGCUCUAAUAAUUUGUAGAAUACCGGUCGGUAUGAGUUCAAAUAUCCAAUCGCAACGACUGAGAGGACACCGCAGAAGAACUUGUGGUGGAAGUCAACGAGUUCGCUCAUUUAGAAUGGCAAAUUGUAAUACUUGUAUAGACACACCUACAAAUCACUGCAACAGUCAAAACUUUAACCAGGAAAGUGUAUCACGAAUUAGGACUCAAGAAGAAUCUUCGUACAGAGUUGCAACAAAACGAAAUGGCGGCAAUCAGGGUGGCUAUUUAUUUGAGGAUCAACAGGAUAUAGAAAUGGAUAGCGCACUUCCGAACAAUCCAGCUCGGGGUCUUUUAGUAUCAACAGAUUCGGCGCAAACUCAUCCCCUUGAAAUUUUGUCUCAGUCUCGAUUGGAGCUAAGGUCAUCCUAUAGUCAAACUAGUUCACCCGUUAACCAAAUUGACGACAAUUCUAAUACAAUGAAUGAACGUUUAUUAGAGCCUGAACUAGAAUUACCGUUAGCUCCUUUAAUUCGAGCAGACAAUGCUUGUAAGGAUCAAUUCGAAUUAAGUAUGAAACACAGUGUGCCUCAGAAUAAUUCGAAGUCAAUAAUAGAUUUUGAUGACACAAUCUCAUCGCCGCUACCACGAAAAGUUCCUACUCUUCCUAAGCCUACAGCUCAUGCUCAGAAAUUAGCGAAUAGUUUAAUCAAGCUUUCUCGCUAUCUAAAGACGCCUAACCUCACAGAGCUGUGUUGUUUAGAUUGUCAAUAUGUUCCUGUUUUACCGGUCACAGGGCAGUGUGGCCAUACGCGAUGUAUGAGAUGCAUCGUAGAUAACGGUGUAUGUCCUUGCAGUGCCGAUGCCCCAAAGUCAUUGCUCGUUAACACGGUCGUCCGGGAGAUAAUUGAGAAAAUGAUGAGAUACAUUAAGUUACCGAGAAAAAUUGAACUUGGACCAGCUAGAGCGUGCGGUGAUAAAAUCUCGCUGAUUGGAGGCUCGAUACCGUAGGGCGCGGCACUUGUUGGACGCCGGCAAAUACUUAGAAGCCGCAUCACACCUUGCCCGGGUCGCGGCUUCUGCGGAACCAUUCGCUCGUGUUGCUCGCAUCCUCUUGACGCAGACAAUCAGCGCAGUGUGCGGCAAGCGCUCACCGAGUCCAGUACCGCGGCAGCUACGGAGAGCAGUGAGCGAGCAGUCGGCGCGCAGUUGGCUGCGGCCGUCCGACCUGGAGUGCGUGCUCUGCACCGGCACGUAUCGAAACCCAGUGUGCACGCCGUGCGGACACACGUACUGCCGCGAGUGCAUCGAGCGAUCCUUGUACUACAAGAAGACGUGCGCCCUGUGUCUCAGUUCGUUGGAGAAUUUCAAUCUUGCCAAGACUCAAGACACUGUAUUUAUCAGUUCUAUUCUGUCUUCAAUCGAUGCCUUGCCAUUCCCGGAUGAAACAGAUGUGCUCCCUGUCGUUACUUGCCACGUGGCCUACCCGGGUAUGCCGUGUCCACUGUUCGUGUUCAACCCGCGGUACUGUCUCAUGGUGCAACGGGUGCUGGAGUCGGGGUCGCGGCGGUUCGGAAUGCUCGCGUAUACAUUCGCUAACUAUGGCACGGUUUUGGAGAUACGAGACUGCGUAGUGUUUGAAGAUAGCUGUUGUAUAGUGUCUACUGUUGGGGUGUCGCGGUUCAGAGUUAUCGAAAGAUACGAGAAGGAUGGCUGUGACGUUGCCCGCAUUCAAUCUUUGACCGACAUGAACCUGACUGCGGUGGAAGACCUGGAGCUGCCUCUGUUGGCGGUCAAGGUGUACAGCAAAGCUUCGUUCUGGCUGCACAAUAUGGAUUUACGUAUCAAAAGUGUACGCGAAGAGAUACAGACAGCCUUUGGCAGCUUGCCCUAUGAUGUCAAACCCGAGGAAUUGGGUAAAACGUCGGAUGGACCCAACUGGUUGUGGUGGCUCGUCGCCAUAUUGCCGCUCAACCGUGAGAUAAAGUUUCUGAUAUUGUCUACCCGGAGUCUCCUGAAGCGGAUGCUAGCAGUUUCGCGGGCCCUGGAUCUGGUAGACUCCGAUUUGGCAACACUUGCUGCAUCGGACGAGCUCGCGAACCAAGAAGUAUGGCUGCCUAGGGACAGCUGAGCUUGGCACUCGAGAUAUUCUUCGUGGCGGACAUUUGUCAAACGUCGAAACGACGAAACAAUCGGCCAUUUUGUGUUUCGUAAAAUUGACAUUCCACAGAGCAUACAGUAUGUCUUUUAAGUGUAACAGUUAAGAAGGGAAACAAUUCUGUAUAGCCUGACCAGAAAUGAAUAAUUUUAGUCUGUGCUUAGUAUGCUAGAAUAAGAAAUUUGUUCCUUUUCUAGCGAGGUUUAUUUUAGUGGUGUUGCUAGCUGCAUGUGUAAAACAUUUUUGUAAUCGGUAGCAAUAUUUAUGAAGAUUUUAGGUGUCAGCCGAAACGUAGUGGUGGGGAGGCAGGGCACCUCUCCGCGCUCCCCUCCCGCUCGCCCGCCGUCGCCUCACGCGGCUUGACUUUAUGUAUCACCUGCGCUUAACCACCACUACAGCUCAUUUCGGAUUGCAUCCGACUAUACAAACAAUUACAUCAUUUUCUUAUGUUGAUUAACAAUUUAGUCUCAAUAACUGAAAACUGAAAAGUUUCACAGCUCUGUGCUUUUUAAGAAAUAAGAUUCCACGUGUCUCAAACGGUGAAGGACAAACAUCGUGAGGAAACCCGCAUACCUUUAUUCUCUACUCACUUCCCGCUUCUGCCCGCGCGCACGACUUCACACCCGCGUAGUCCUUCGUCUCCCGUCGCCCGCAUACCAUGGGAGUGUCAUCAACGAACUUGCAAAGCUAUACAAUACCUAAUCAUGGAAGGGGCCUACAGGGGAAGAUUGCUUAGGGAAUCGAGUUACCUUAAUCCGGCACUGGCGAUAACAUAACAAUGACACAAACCAGCCCCUGUUGCCAAGUGGCACGUCGAUUCUCUUUCUACGAUCGCAAACGCUUCGAAAACUAGAAAAAUGUAUAGGAAUGACAGUUCUGGACCACGUGACCUGUCUAUAGCAAAUGUCAUUCCCAUACAAUUUUCGGAAUUACGUUUGUUCUUUAUUUAGUUAUGCAUUUGCAUUGACAAUUAAAAAAUGCUUAGAUGCGCUAGAGUUUUUAGUUAGUUUUUACUUAUUUUUACUGUUACAUACGAAUAAAGUCUUAUAGAAAUUAAAACAAAUUGCAAUUUAAACAUUUAUCGAAUAUUUCAAUAGAAACAUAAUAUGUACAAUUGUACAUGUUCAGACAAUAUAAUAUAUCAGAAUAAUAAUAUAAUUUUUGUUUGACACUGAAAACUACAAAGGAUUCAAACAAUAUAUAUUAUAUACAUUUUACACUUAUACAUAUAGAUAGACAUACAAAUAUACAUACUUACACAUAACAUAAGAAAUAACAGCUAGAAAAUGCUAAAGGAAGCAAAAUACUGAAACAGAUGUAAUAAACUGAGGCCAAUGUAAAAAUAUAAUAAUUAUUAUAGCGACAAAUAAUUGUUUAAGUAGAAAAUAGUUGCACAGUUUGCUUAUGAUUAAUCGCAGAUGUUUUUAUGUUAUAAAAUUGAAAUUUCAUUUAUUUCAAUUAUAUAGAAAAAAAUAAUAAAAAAUAUUCUUUUCAAAUUCUCUUGCUCUAUUCUAUAACAAUGUUUUUAUUACCCCUUUAUAACGGACUAUAUCAAUAUAUCUAACCCCUGUCUUAUUUAUUUGAAGCAUUUAAUUAGUUUGCACUAUUUUGUAUAUUUAUUAUUAUUGAAAAUUAAUGAUUAUUAUAAAGUUUCCAAUAGGUUGUUAACACCUGCUUGCACCUGAUAGGUGAUUCACAUCCAAUUUGGCUCUAGUAUUGUCAAGGGAAUUUCUUAUCAACUUUGUUUAGCAAUAUAGUCGUAAGUACUUGUUCAAUACAUUCAAUGCGAGAUCUGCGAUUGAUCAGUGACGCUAACGUGCGGACAACGUGAUAAUCUCGUGAAGAGAAAUAGACAAACCUCAACCAAUGGCGGUGCAACCACAAAUACUGCUAUCUCUAUUAUUGCGCUGGGACCAUCGAUCUCUUAUUAAAAAGUGGAUGCACAAUCAGCGACCAAAAAACGUCCCCACUCAAUGAGAGACAAACACAACUUCUUGGCACUCAAUUCAAGUAGUCGCAUUGGCAAAUUCAACCUUAAACUCAGUCAUUAAGGUUAAAUUUGCUCUGAAUUUGGGAUUUUAUUGAAUAUUGGACUAUAUUUAAAGGACUUUAGGUAUAAUUUCCUUUACCAAUAAUUCUAAAACUGUCAAAGCAAAAUUGGCCAGUUUACAAGUGAAAUUUUCUACAUGAUUGUGCGUCCUUUUAUUAUAAGAGGUCAAUGGUGGGACGAAAGAUAUGGGACUGGAAAUUCCGCCGCCAUUGGACGAUGUUUUCUUUGUGUCUUUUCACUUAGUCGCAUUUUAGCGCCACAGGCAGCUUGUCUGUGUCCUACUCUUUAUACUGUAAAAUAUAAUUAGCUGUAAAAUUUCUAAAUAGUUUUCAAUGAUCUCGAUUAACUAACAUAAUGAUUCAUAUUUUUUAAUUUUUAAUGUACAAGGUAUGUCCAAGGUUUACAGAAAAUAUGUAUCUAUAAUAAUAAAUGUAUCUUUAAUAUAAUGAAAAGUGUAGUAUAUAGUUGAAUCAGAUCGACACGGAUGACUUGUGUGCUGUGAUCACUGCAUACAAUUUAUAUAUUUUUUGAUAUAACUUGGACAAUAAAAAUUAUUACUAACAAGCAAUUCCUAGAAACAUUUUCUAAGUUACUUGUGAUUGUUUAAUAAUAAAUUAUGUUUUAAUUUUG